AUGUCCCAAGCGCCGAACGCCGAGCCCGACGAGCGCGACGGCUUCACCUGCGGCACGCUGUUCACGUGCCUCUGCCUCCCAGGACUCUCCAAGAAGAAGCCCGAGGAAACCGGCAACUCCGGCAAGAGCCAGCAGCCAGCGGCGCCGGAACAAGACCAGCGCACGGAGCAGGAACCGCCGCAGGUGCUGCUAACCCGUGCGGCGUCCCUGGAGAAGCUCGAGUGCUCCUCGCUCUACUCCGGCAGCAACAUCGUCUUCGACUUCCUGGUGGAGCCUGGGGGAAGGGACGACCGUGGCGCCGUCCAUGGAUACUGCCCGUCGCCGUGCUUCGACCUGCCGGUGGAGCUGAUACGGGCCGGCGAACGAUGCGGGGCUGUAGCAAGCGACGCGCCGGUCACGUCCGCCUUCGUGUUCGACGGCCACCGAGAUGGCGCAGCUCUGAAGAGGAUGGCGUCGUGCCUGGCGUCCAGCGUGCCUACAGGCGGCGAGGCGCGGCCAACGCAUCUCGUGAGGUUCCUGUCCGCGUCGGGUUGUGCCGUGCCGGUGCGGUCUCCCGUGACGUCUUUCGGUGGCCCGGCAAAUGGGGGCGGCGGUUGA